AUGGAGUUUCAUAACAAAAACGUUGACAUGAGCCACAGAUCGCGACGCAGGCAACGGUGGACGCCACGCCCGAACCAGCCGCCGCUUCCUAUAAGGCUUACAAACACUGUGUCUGUGGACUCUCCGCAGGACCAGGCCCUCUCUCAACAUCUGCUCAGACAGAACCAAGAACUGAAGCAACAGUUGGAGAGGGAACAGCAGAGGAACCAAGCCUCCCAGGAAGGGCUUCUCACACAGAUAGAGAACCUCAAACUGGAAGUAGUGCGGGAUCCAGGCGAGAUUUGGGCCUUCAAAUCUCGCCACCAGGCUCAUGAAGCUGUGAGCAAACUGCAAGAGAAGGAGAGAGAGACGCACGCACUGAAGACACAAGUGUCCGCCCUAAGAUCUGCCCUGAACCAGGAGAAGCAGGCCACCAGAAAGGCCCAGACCUCCCAGACUGCUCUGCUGCAGCUGGAAGUCCUCGAGGAGAAGCUUCAGCAGCUCCACCGAGAACAGCUGUGUUCAGAGAAACAGAGCCGGCUGAUCCUGGAGCAGCAGGUACAGAAGCUGUCUGAGGACCUGACCUCCUCUCAGGACUACAGCACUGCUCUGGAGCUCCAGGUUCAUGAGCUCCAGGACGAGGUCAACGGGCAGCACAAGAAGAAGAGGAGGAGGAGUUGGUGGUGA